AUAAGAUCGUGCGUAUAUAGAAACUUUUUAGUAUAAAAACCCGCGGAGAAAUUUCAGACACGCAUUCGCGUCUCCUCACCACACAAGUACACAAAAUGAAACUGAUAACAUCCUUGACCGCCAUCAUCGCCGCGGCGUCGGCCGGCCGAGUGUUCAGCCAGCCGCCGGCGGAGCAGUUCGCGCACGCGCCGGACGUCUACCAGUCGGCGGCCGAGCUGCACGCCGCCGAGCCGCCGGGCGCACACGCGCAGGCGCCGGGCGCACACGGCGCGUACACGGCGCGGCCGGGCGACGCGCACGCGCAGAUCCUCGCCUACCACUCGGAGAGCGACGGGCACAACUACCAGUACGCGUAUGAGACUGACAACGGCAUCAAGGCGCAGGAGACGGGCGCGGCGGCGCACGGCUCGCGCGCGCACGGCGGCUACUCGUACACGGGCGACGACGGGCACGUGUACUCCGUGGAGUACGUGGCCGACGAGCACGGCUUCCGCGCGGCCGGCGCGCACCUGCCCACGCCGCCGCCCAUCCCCGCGGCCAUCCUGCGCGCGCUCGAGCAGAACGCCCACGACGAGGCCGCGGGCAUCCACGACGACGGUUCGUAUCACGAACAGCACCAGCAAGCUCAGAACUACCAGCUCGACAGCUACCAGCAAGACGCCCACCACGCCGCGUCGCAGGCGGAGGGCGGUUACCAGCACUAGGCACUGAAAACGCCAGGCACAGUUUGUUCAUGUCCUUUGUUGUUGCGAACAUUUCAUGUGAAUGUCUUCCGUUUACUUGCAUGACUGAAUAGAGAUAACACUGCUCUUGUAAUUCUUAAUCAUUUUAAUUUAUUACAAGAACAGUUUUAUAUACGAGUAGGUACUAUUUUUCUCUGACGAUUGUGAAAUAGAGAUUAAAAAUAUUACCUUGGUUUACGGAAACUACGAGUAUGAUUUCUAAGAACUAGUUGUUUUUAAAGUCAAUUUCAUGUUCUGAUUCGUAUUCCUUAAUAAUUGUUGUCGUUGUGUUUUAUUUUAAAUGUCUUUAUAAUUAACUUUUACAUAAUCUGUAAAUAUUGUAAAAACAAUAAUUAUGUAUGAUGUAUGUUACGAUAAUCCCUUCCAAUGAAUACUGCUCAUAGACACUUCUACUAAACACUUGCGCCCCGGUGUGAAAGAUUCUUUGUUAUCUGAAUUACUUUAGUUUGCCAAAUUGUCUAUGUAACAGUUCCUCAGAAUCAGAUCCAUGUACCUGCUCACGUGUGAUUCAAUAGUAUGAAUGAAUAUAAUAACCGAGUGAUUCAGAGCUUUCUAGUGCGGCUCUAACACAAGUAAAUAUUUACCUCAUUUACGUUAAUCGUAAAUAUUACGUCACGUAAUAUUUGUGUCAAAACUAGUCUCCUAAGUGUUAAGACUUUACUGAAAUGUUUUAUUCCUAAUAUGAUAAGUCUGUUUUUCUCCUUGUUAUUCCUAUUAUUGUUAAUGUAUUUUAAUA